ACUAAAACGACACCGUAUCCGACCUCACCUUUCUCUCUUCACAUUCUCCACAAACCCUAUUUUUCAUCUAAAUCCCGCCAUGAUCGACCUUAGAAAACUGAGAUUAACAUUCACAUUUUUCAAUCUCACCAAUCUUAAACCCUCCCUAAACCCUAGAUUUUACAACACAGCGAAAAAACCAAUUCAGUUAAAUUCAAAACCUAAAAUUCUCUCAAAAUUAACCAUUAAAGAAGCCCAAGCUGCAUUGUUAGAAUAUCUCCAUUCCACAAGAAGCUUGCAGUUUUUAGACGCAGAUAACAUGUGCAAAAACUCGCCUUUUUUCCUUCAAAAUCUCGUCCACAAAACCCUAAAAAACGAGAACUCGAUUAACACGAAACGGUUAAUUUCUCGCCACCUGCGUUACAACCCUAUUAACGAAUUUGAACCCUUUUUCGAGAGUUUGGGUUUGAAGCCUUCUGAAUAUGAAUCCUUGCUUCCACGUGAUUUGAUUUUCCUCAACGAUGAUCCUCUUUUGAUGGCGAAUUAUCACACUCUGUGUAACUAUGGUGUCCCUCGAUCCAAAAUGGGGAAAAUUUUCAAACAAGCGCCGCAAGUUUUUAAAUUUGAAAAUGGGGUUUUGGUUUCGAAGAUUAAGGCUUAUGAAGAUUUGGGUAUUUCGGCCUCGAUUUUAGUAAAUGCUGUUGCUGUAAGUCCAGGGAUUUUGGUUGGUGAUGUUAAUGUUGAAUUUGUUAAGGUUGUUGAGAUGUUGAAGAAUAUUGUUGCAAAGGGUGGUGAUGGUGAUUUUGAUAGUGGUUGGAUUCAGUGGCAUUAUUUGGAUGAGGUUUCUUGUAACUGGGGUUUAAUGCUUGAGCUAUUGUGCUUGCUUUCGGAUACUGGUUUCAGUGAGAAACAGUUGGCUGAGAUUAUUCACCGUAGUCCUUGUAUUGUUUUCGAAGAAUCAGGAGGUAAGACACUAUCGAUGAUUGGUUUUUUGGUCAAAUUUGGAUUGUCUGUGAACCAGAUUGCCCUCUUGUUUCUCGAGUUUCCACAAAUUUUGAUGGUCAAGUUUUUCGCCAACUUGAGGGUGUGUCUUCAGCUUCUGACUGAAAUUGAGAUGGAAGCUAAAGAGAUUGGAAAGAUUUUCCAGUCUCACACAAUACUUGCGGGUUCCAAUACUCUAAAGACAACUAAGAGUUUGCUUGGUUGCUUGAAUGUAGGCAAGAGGCGUCUAUGUAGCAUACUGCAGGAUAAUCCUCAUGAAAUGAAGAACUGGGUUCUUGGAAUAAGAGUUAAGCCUAUGGUUGGCUUAAGGGAUCUGGAAGAGGAGAAAUCGAGGGUGGGGAAGACAGAGUUCUUGUUGCGCUUAGGUUAUGUGGAAAACACGAAAGAAAUGGAUUCGGCGUUUAAGGCAUUCAGAGGUAAGGGAGCUGAGCUUCAGGAGAGAUUUGAUUUUAUUGUUAAUGCUGGAUUGACACGUGAUGAAGUUCGUAGAAUGAUUAGAGUUUCACCUCAGAUUCUUAAUCAGAACACAGAUAGGGUCAAGAUGAAAAUUGAGUAUCUUGUAAAGAAAGGAUUUUCUGUAUCAGACUUGGUGAAUUUUCCAUCAUAUCUUUCCUAUAAAUCUCCAAGAGUUAAGCUUAGGUUGUCAAUGUAUAACUGGCUCGUAGACCAUGGGGCUGUAACUCCCGGGCUUGCUUUGAGCACCAUUAUCGCAUGCACAGAUAAUCUAUUCUUACAAAGUUAUGUAAAACGCCAUCCGUCUGGCCUUCAAGUUUGGGAAGAGUUGCAAAAAGAAAUUCAUUCUGAAGAUUCAUGAAUAAUCAGUUCUGGAAUGCAUAAUAAUGGUUUGAUCUGGCAAAAAAAAUUACCAAUUAAACUGCAAUUGGCAUUUUGAAACAAAUCAUCUCAAGUUAACUUAAAGAGUGGUCUGCGACCGCGAUUUGGAUUGUGAUAUCAAAGUUUUUUAUGUCUUGCCCUCACAACUCGACUGUAAUUGAAGUUACUUCAGAUGCACUUGACCGUGAUUCCUUGCAAUAACAAAAAUUGCAAAGUCGUCGUGGUUUGAAACCAUCUAGCUAGCAACCAUUAUGCUGAUAUGAAACCAACGGGGACAGCUGAAGAACAACAGCUUUCAUGAGCAAGCAUCAUAGGUAAUUGCUGAUUGCAAAUUUUUGACGUGACUCAAGAAUGCUGGGUAGGUACGCGAUCUUCACUGUAUGUAGGUGCUUCUGACCCUAGUUACAUUGGAGAUUACUGUCCAAGUGGUUUUGGUUUUGAGAAACUGUAUGUUUUAAUUAUUGCAAGCGAUAUAACCAGGUUCAUUGGGUUAUAGGCUAUCAAAAUUAACAUGACUCAAUUUUCUCCUCAAUGUGAUUUUAAAAGAAUACAGACACAAAUCCUCUGUAGCACUAAACUCUGCAAUCAUUUUAGAUUCAAAUUUUGCCAGUUGAAAAUGAUCGAAAGACCCUUACAGUGAGGUAGUAUAUUUUAAAUUCAGUUCAAUUUAAUAGUUAAAAAAAUGGGUUGUUUGAUUUUAUCGUGUUAAGGCUGAAAUUUGCAGCUUCUAGAACUCACAACUGGAGAGAAUACAAACAAUUAAGAUUCACACUUGCAAUUUGGAAUGAAAUUGUGUAAUUAUGUACUACUGAAGCCACACAUUGGACAGAGAUUUAUAUUAUCCAUCACACUUAGAAGUGGAGGUUGCAGUGAUAUCAAAAUGUUGCAGAGAACUCCAUACUGCAUCCAGUAGAAUAUCUAAUCUUCUAUGUACUGGUGAUGUAUGUAUCGUAUCCACUAGUAUUAUUACAUUAAA